AUGUAAUGUGAAUUCCCUGAUAGAGGACUGCGGGAUCCAAUGGGACACCUGUAAAACAUCGCAAAUCAGUAUUUUGUGGUAUCACGUUGUUGCCCUAUAAUUUAAGCUCUUGAGAUUUCUGUACCUAAAUUGUUACAGGUAGGUCAUUAAGACGGGAUGAGCUAUUACGUGUCGGAUAUCGAAAUUUGGCAACCGUGCCUUGAAUCUCUAAAUCGUAUUUAUCAUUACUGUGACUUAUUUUAAUUACGAGAUGGCUGCACAGGCAUCAAUAGAGUGACUUUUGUCAAAAGAUAAAAUAGGCAUUUAAAACAGAAGAUUAGUGUCGGAUCUUUAUGCGCUCUGACGCACUGAACAAGUGUUCGUUGGCAGGUCUGACGUUUGAGCAGCUCGCGGCAGUUUUCCUGAGGACGGGCAGAAUGGAGAAAUCGAAGAAUUUUCGAAUCGAUGCUCUACUGGCGGACGAGACACACCGGGGGAACCGAGAACACUCCCCGGGUCUAAGUAGCGACAGUCCUGUAGGCAGUCCGGCGUCCUGCCUGCGAGCAGACACCCCUUCCCCUCAAGGGACGCCUAUCCAACUUCAAACCGGGAUAAUACCCAAACCGGGUCUGCUGAACCUCGCUCACCCAGCACUCACCUCGCUACCCCAAAUGUACCCUGCCCAUAUGUACCCACUAUCCGCUUUGGGUGGCCAGCACCCUGCAUUCGCCUACUCCGGCUUCACGCAGUUAACCCAGCCGUACCCAGACCACCUGAAGGCGGCUGCAAUUGCAGGAUCUCUCCCACUGGAGCAUUGGAUCCGAGCUGGCAUGAUGAUACCACGUCUUCCAGAUUACAGUUCACCCCAGUCAGGUCUCCUGGGGAAGUGUCGUAGACCGCGGACAGCCUUCACCAGCCAGCAGCUCCUGGAGCUGGAGAACCAGUUUAAACUCAACAAGUAUCUCUCCAGACCCAAGCGUUUUGAGGUGGCCACCUCUCUCAUGCUGACUGAAACACAGGUGAAGAUAUGGUUCCAGAAUCGGCGGAUGAAGUGGAAACGCAGCCGCAAGGCCAAGGAGCAGGCGUCUGCAUCCGCCCUGUUGGAGGUGGAGCAACUGCGCACUGGGGCAAAACCCACCAACGACAAAGGGGCUGUAAAUAGACAUGCUUUUACACCGGACGAUGAGGGAGAGCUCGAUCUAGAAGCAGAAGAGGAGGAGGAAGAGGAGGAGGAGGAGGAAGAAGAGACUCCACGAGGGUUUGCUGUUACCAUGGGCUUGCAACGUUCCACAGACUUUCUGAAACACACGACGGAGCUUGUUUACAACCCCCACAGUCCCUUCUCUGAGGAUGACCUAGAAGGGGCACCGGGGGGAGACAGGAAGAUUGGGGCAGGGUUGUGAAAAGACCAAUACCCCGCAAAGAGGGAAAAUACCAGAGAAAUGCAAUUGAUGUGUUAUAUUGUAUGUUGUGUGUGCUGCUUGACACUGAGUCUGGGAAAAGGUGGAGUUAGUGUCAUUUCAAAAGCCUAAUGGUGUUCGUUUUGUCUGUACAUAUUGCCCAACACAAUGUCGUGUUUCUGUGCCCCCUGAAGGUGUCAUUCAUGGUAUACCUUAGGCUGGACUCUAAGGGUGAGGCUGAAUAAAGCCUUUUAUCUUCAUUAUUCCAUCAGUGAGGCUAACUGAUAAUGAUGACCCCUGUUUCUCUGUUCUGUGUAUUUCUGUUGCAUGCCAAACAAGGGACAAUUUUACACAGGACAUUUACAUGCUUUUUUUUAACUGCACAGAGGCAGUUGCCACAUGGGAGGGGUCGUUUCCCUGCUCAGACGAUGCAUGCCUCAACCAAUACAAUUAUGUGCCACAUAGACUGUGGCUUUAGGUAUCAGAUUGCUAUAAUGUGGAUAGCUAAAAUAUUAAACACCUAUCCAGGUAUUGUGAGAUUUUAUUUUGCAUUGUCUAAGCUGAAGAACAAGAAAUAUCCACAAAGUAGGAGGAACUCUGCCACUGACAGGCUGAUUGACAGCUGUGGCUCUCCCCAUCAGGUGUGCUGAAGGAUGAGAUGCAGGUUACGUUAGAACCCAUAGACUGUUGCAAACUGCUUCUCACACUUCCUGGAGUGAACAGACGUUGGGCAGUUGGCAUUUGCUGAAGACAAUGAGGAAAGUGUCGCAAACUGGUAUGUGAUGUUGCAGUUGUGAAUGUGCCUCUUUGAAGGUCAGACAUUGGAUUUCUAAAGUGUCUCAAGCUCUACCUUGUGUAUCCAACUGAAAAUGAUCGUCAUGUUAAUUCAACAUUUCUGUUGUUGUUAUAGUUGUUUGUUCAUUGUUGUUAUUUAACCACUGGUAAAAGAAUAUAAUUUAUUUGAAUUUACAGGUAAUUGGCUGGGAAACAAUUAUUGUAUUUAUCUGAAACUGGUCUGUGUUGAUGUCAACUGUGUGAAAGAAAAAUAAUUGUAAUUAAAAUGU